AUGGACAUGGCUCAACAAAUCCAAGACAGAACAACUGUGGUGAAGGGAGUUCCAAUUGUCGAGACUAGUAAUAAGUACUUUUGGUUCAAUCGACCCCAAUGGAUUCUUUUCUUGAUACAUUUCACCUUAUUCCAGAACGCCUUCCAGAUGGCUUACUUUCUGUGGAUAUGGAUGGGUUCCCACAUGAAGCAGGCAAUCUUUGAAGAGCAGACAGCAAAGGCUCUAAAGAAAUGGCAGAAGACAGCAAGGGACAAAAGAAAGUUGAGAAAAGCAGAAGCAGAUAUUCCAUCUGGUUUAAGAAGUGGAGAGAACACCCCAAGCCAAGGCUCAUCACCCUUAUAUUUGCUCCACAAAAACAAGCACAACUCUGCGGACAUCGAAAGCGAUCUCAACUCUCCCCAAGCAUACCGGUCCGAGACCGAGUUAUCGGAGACAGAAGGCCCUUCUCUUCUUUCCAGUCCUAACUCACCCAGAAAUCCAACAAGAAAUGUAGAUGACCCUAAUGGUAAUUUCUCUUUUUCCCAGGGAUAA